AUGCUCGCUUUCAAUGGGACAGGCUACACGCUGAAGCCCCGAAUCAAGUCCUUCGAAGGGCAAACUGGCCCCGUGGCUAGUCAGAGUAGCGACGAGCUGUGUACAGUCACGCUGGGCCCAUCGGCUGACGCAGAGCCAGCAACGCGGGUCCCCUCUCGUGCGUCCCCGGAUCCAAAUGUGGACUCAAGGGAGAGUUCGGAGAAGCAGGGUGACCAAGCCGAGAGCCCAGAUCCUGGCUCCCAAGACAACCCACCACCACAGGGCCCAAACAACGGUGUGGCCAACGAGAGUAUUCUUGAGCUCUCCUUCCCAAGAAAGCUCUGGAGGAUGGUGGAGGAUCCCGCCUUCACCUCUGCGCGCUGGAACGACGAGGGAGACACGGUGAUCAUCGGGCAAGACCUCUUCCGCAGGGAGGUUCUUCGCCGCAGAGGCGCAGACAGGAUUUUCAACAGGGACAGCUUGAAGACUUUCAUCCGCAAACUGAACCUGUACGGGCUCAGCAAAAUACGCAUGACCAGCCGCCCUCCAGGGAAGAAGAGGCUGAUGCGAGACAAGCCUCUGCUCAUCGAGAACACUGAGAGAAAAGGCGACCUGGGAGCAACUGCUCAGCCCGGGACCAGAGCAACAGCCCUAAAGAGAAGGAAGCCAGUGGCUGCUACCAGAAGCUCCCCACGAAUCCAUUCCAACGACUCCACCACCCAGAAGAAAGCCCCAAGUGCUCAGGGGCCCAGCGGUACCCAGUCUUCGCUGUUCUCUAGCAUGUGCUCUACGAGCGGUGGGGCGGGACGGGCCAGGGAAAACCAUCCCCCCAGUGAGCAGGGAGGCCCGAGUGGGGAGGGCACUCCCUGGAAUGUCACUUCUGUGCCCCCGGCUACCGCCGGAAGGGACGACGCCAGGGAGCUGCCCGCCAGCCCCACGGUUUACCCGGCUUAUGGCUCGGAGAUGCCUGUGGACAACGGCUGUUCCUCCCUCCUGCCGGCGGCCCUUUCUGCCUUGUCCCCGAACGAGGUCCCUGAGGUGGAUGAGGAGCAGGAGGGCUCCUCAGAUUGCAGGUGGGCUCUCCGAGAACAGUUCAAGGACAACUGCGAUCCCUGA